UUGGGGUCUCAGCACAACGAGCGACGCGGAGGGGAAGGAAGCGGUUCCCUCUCGGCCGCGAUGCUGGCCGAAGGCUCCAACGGGGAGCCGGCCUCCUCCUGCUUCCCCACCCUCCUCCUCCUGACCCUCCGUCCGCGGUGAUAAACGCCCUGCAAGACUGUUUCUUGCUUGACCUGUUCCACAUUGGUGUAUCUUUGACUGGUACGUCAGGAUCUGCCACAGAUUGCAUCUGUAGUUCGUUCGGUGUGGUGCUCUGAAUGGCUGUUGGAUAGGGAUGUAUAGCCUGAUGGCCAAUUGCUGCAACUGGCUAAAGAGGUGGCGAGAACCUAUCAGGAAGGUGACAUUGAUCAUGGUGGGCCUUGAUAAUGCUGGGAAAACUGCAACAGUGAAAGGAAUUCAAGGAGAGUCUCCUGAAGAUGUGGCUCCAACAGUUGGCUUUUCUAAAAUCGAUCUUAAGCAAGGCCGUUUUGAAGUCACAAUCUUUGACCUCGGAGGUGGAAAACGAAUCCGGGGAAUCUGGAAGAAUUACUAUGCUGAAUCCUAUGGAAUAAUAUUUGUUGUGGACUCCAGUGAUGUGGAGAGAAUGGAAGAGACAAAGGAGACAAUGUCAGAACUUCUCAGACAUCCCAAGAUAUCAGGAAAACCUGUAUUAGUGUUAGCUAAUAAGCAGGACAAAGAAGGUGCCUUGGCCGAAGCAGAUGUAAUUGAGUGUUUAUCUCUUGAAAAACUUGUCAACGAGCACAAAUGCCUCUGUCAGAUUGAACCUUGCUCAGCUAUCAUGGGCUAUGGGAAAAAAAUUGACAAGUCUAUCAAAAAAGGUUUACUUUGGUUGUUGCAUAUUAUAGCUAAAGAUUUUGAUGCCUUACAUGAACGAAUCCAGAAAGACACUGCAGAGCAAAAGGCAGCUGAAGAACAAGAGAAACGUGAACGGGCAGAACGAGUGAGGAAGAUACGGGAAGAAAGAGAACGGAAGGAGAGAGAAGAAGCUGAACGGGAAGGAAGGAGCAUUUCAGAUGAAGUGGAUCCUGAGCUAGUAACUGGCAACCCAUUCCAACCUAUAUCCACUGUAAUUGCUGAGAAUGAAAAGAAAAUUGAAAAAGAAAAGAAAAGGCAGCGGGAAGAGAAUGAAAAGGAAGCCCUCGCUUUAAAACCAAAAACAGAUCAGGACCAAAUGGAUAGUCAAAGCCUCAUUAGCCAACAGUCAAAUGACUGCAGAUUGGUAGAAAAAUAUAAAUCUGCACUCACACAACGGUUAGAACAUGAAGAUGAGAAUGACCAACAAGUGUCAGAAAGUCUUGACUCUGGUGAUAAUGCCACCUUAAAUCCAGGAACAGAGAACAGUAAAAAGAAAGCAAAGAAACUGAAAUUGAAAAGGAGUCACCGAGUAGAGCCGGUCAGUGCAGAAGAGACCAUAUCCCCACAGCCUACACCAGUAACACCUCUUGCACCAGUUGGAUGGGAAACUCCCAAAGUUCACAGAAUUCGAAAACUUGAACCUCUUGGUGAAAUGCGUCAUAAUGAUUUCUAUGGGAAGCCACUGCCUCCGCUGACUAUACGGCAAAGACCAAACAGUGAAACCCAUGAUGUCAUUUCUUAACUAGAAAUCGUGAGAAGCCUAAAAUGAAGACCUGCAUUAAACACUGUUUUCUUACUUGAGGAGACAACUGAUAUUCUUAAAGAUUGCUGAUCAAGGACAUGUAGGAUUUUCUUGGGAUCUCUGAUGAGAAUCGCUUCCAUGAACUUAUUGUUUCCUAAUUGCUUCUUGACUGCUCUGCAGGGUUUAUGUGGAACAAGAAAACUUGUGUAAGCAGACUCUCACUUGGUUUCCUUAACUGAAAUGAAACUUUGAAUCCUGAAAACACUUUCAAGACCAAAUAGAACUUGACUGUGCUCACCUAAGGACUCUUUUCCAGUUUGUCUUAGUAUGUUUCUAUAUUCAGUAUAUUUUGUUUUCACAUAUGCAUGUUCAGAUGGGGAAAACAGUAUAAACAUGUACAUUUUAACUAUUUUUUAUAUUUUUCUAGUACCUUGUUUGUUUUUAACAGGACAAUUGUUAACUAUUUUGGAAUACUGAUGCUCACAGCUAUAUUCAUAAGCAGGACAUACAUGUAAAGGUCAUGUUUUUGCAACAGCAAUACAGUUUGCAAUUUGACUUGUUGCCUAGCUAUUAAUGUUGUUUUGUGGUCUUUGCCCUGAUCCACUGGCGAGACGUGUGUGCACAAAUGGUUGCAGUAGUUGUUUCCCAAGCAGGAAAAAAAAUCUUUCCAAGAGCUAGCCCUGCAUGAUGAACCACAAGGUAGAAGCUCUGGAACACUGUUGUCAGAGAAUGAUGAGGGAGGGCUGAAUAUAAGCCCUUCCCUGUAGGUUAUUGGUGAUAUCCAUGAACUCUAUGGUUCUUGUGCACAGGCCCAAUUCCUAGAAUCAGCUUUUCAGCUUCGUGGAAUGACACAUAACCAUUUGUAUUUUCCCUUUUUAGUUGGAACAUUUUGAUUUUGUGUGAUAAAUGGGAUAAUGUCCCAAAUUAUGAUGAUUUUCCUCAUGGAAUACUUUCAAUUAUUUUAUUACAUAGCAAAAUAAAUUUCUGUUCCAUGAACAAAAACUGCAAGGAACUAAAAAAUGGAAUGCAGUUUAAACAUAAUUUAUUACGUUUUCAGCAGGUUUCUGUGUAAGCCUUUUCCAUAACAUUAAAAUUUGCUUUGCAUACACAGGACUGUUGUAUAAUUGGAGGCUUUCCUGUAAAUGCAAACAGCAGGCAGCUGUGAAUAUGCUUGCCAAGUGUGGAUACAAAGCAGCCCUAGCAUUUAAGCCAAAAAGAAAGCCUCUGCUUAUACGGGAGCAAGAAGUGCGCCUUAGAGCCCUUUGGAAAUGGUCACAUUUGAGCAAAGUAUUGUUAGAACUCCCUUGGUCUUCUGUGCUGUAUAUUUAUGUGUGUUUCAAUUUCAUAUGACGAUAAUAACUUCUACACUGUGAAUAAAAUUGACACAAUUGAAGUCUCA